AUGGAAAACCAGCAGUUGAUGGGUGAGAAAUGGGUGGCGUUGCCAAACGCUGAAGCAACGAAUUGUACGAUCUAUUCCGAAGAGCUAUACAAAUCGAAGCACCUGGACACCGAGGAGGAACGAUUACGCACGUUCAAAGGAUGGCCAAGCCACGCCAUCCGGCCCAAUCUUCUGGCACGCCAUGGCUUCUUCUACUUCGGCCGUUUCAGUGAAGUGCAGUGUUGCGGGUGUGCCUUGAAGCUGCAGCAAUGGAAGGCGUGCGAUGACGUGUUGCUCAAGCACCGCUUUAGGAUGCCCUGGUGCCCUUUCGUGAUGGGGUUGGCAUCCCCGAAACAUUCCGGAUAUGUAUCGUUUGCUCGCCGCCGCGUUACGUACAGAAACUACCCGAUAGCGCUGACGCACCUGAAGGAGGCCAUGGUGCAGGCUGGUUUCUUUUAUACCGGUCACUUCGAUCGGGUUCUGUGCUUCAUGUGCGGCAAUGGAUUGCAGCUUUGGGAGCUGGACGACGAUCCCAUGGAGCUGCACGCCCAUUACCACCCGUCUUGUAUGUACGUUCGAUUUAUCAAGUACAGGGAUAAUCUACGGGCGAGUUCGCGCUGA